AUAGAUGUAUGCUUAUACAAGAAAAAGUGUAAGAAUUGGGAGUAGUUUCAGAUGGGAAACAAUUGUUUUAAAAAUGGCUUCUUUCAAACAAUCUCAAAUUCCAUUUGGGGGAGUGGAUCAGACGAAGAUGCAAACAAGGAUAAAGAAAAAGAAGCAGUUGAGUCUGGAACUGAAGAAAAAGAAGCUCCCAAGCAGCAGCCCCCUGAAGAAAUAAAGAUUGUUAAGGAAGAGACAGAAAAGGAAGAAGGAAAGUCUAAAGAAGAACUCCAAAGGCAACAAUCAAAGCGUCCCCCUCAAAGACUUGACUCCAAACCAGCAUUACAGGUAAAUGUUGCUGUAAAUAAAGAGGAAGACCCUAAGGUUGACCCUAAGAAAAUACCAAGGAGACCCCAUAAUGUUAAAAGGCAGUCAUGUGCUGGACUCAAGAUAGACUCAGUGUUGCAAACGAAAAGAGGUAAUUUGAAGGAGUUCUACAACUUGGGGACCAAGCUAGGGAACGGACAGUUUGGGACAACUUUUGUAUGCACCGAGAAAGGUACUGGGAAGCAGUAUGCUUGCAAAUCGAUUGCUAAAAGGAAACUGGUAACUGAAGCUGAUGUUGAUGAUGUGAGGAGGGAAAUUCAGAUAAUGCAUCACAUGACAGGGCACCCUAAUAUUGUGUCCAUUAAAGGGGCUUACGAAGAUCCGGCGGCGGUUCAUUUUGUCAUGGAUUUGUGUGCAGGGGGAGAACUCUUUGAGAGGAUUGUUAAGAGAGGCCACUAUUCUGAAAGGAAGGCAUCAGAAUUAGCAAGGACUAUAGUUGGUGUUGUUGAAGCCUGUCAUUCCAUGGGAGUAAUGCAUAGGGAUCUUAAGCCUGAAAAUUUUCUUUUUGUGAAUGAGGAGGAGGAUUCACCUCUUAAAGUCAUUGAUUUUGGAUUAUCAAUAUUCUUCAAGCCUGGGGAUACCUUAUCUGCCGUUGUUGGAAGCCCAUACUAUGUUGCACCAGAGGUUUUGAAGAAGUGUUAUGGUCCAGAAGCUGACGUGUGGAGUGCUGGGGUGAUCAUUUACAUUCUCCUAUCUGGGGUGCCUCCAUUUUGGGGUGACAGUGAACAAGAAAUAUUCGACGAGAUUUUGAAAAGUGAACUUGACUUCACAUCUGAUCCUUGGCCUAGUAUAUCUGCCAGCGCAAAAGAUCUAGUGUCGAAAAUGCUUGCUAAAGACCCCAAGAAGAGGAUAACCGCAUACGAAGUGCUAUGCCACAGGUGGAUUCAGGUUGAUGGGGGGGCUCCAGACAAGCCACUUGAUUCUUUAGUCUUAGGCCGCAUGAAGCAAUUUUCUGAAAUGAAAAAGCUCAAGAAAUUGGCCUUAAGAGUUAUUGGAGAAAGACUUUCUCAAGAAGAAAUAGCCGGAUUGAAGGAAAUGUUCAAGAUUAUUGACACAGAUAACAGUGGUCAAAUCACUUAUGAAGAACUCAAAGCUGGAUUGCAAAGAUUUGGUGCUAAUCUUGCUGAAUCAGAAUUUCGUGCCCUAAUGCAGGCUGCGGACAUAAACAACAGUGGUACAAUCGAUUAUCAAGAGUUCAUAGCUGCAACAAUGCAUCUAAACAUGAUCGAGAGAGAAGAGAAUCUCUUGGCCGCUUUCUCGUAUUUCGACAGAGACGGAAGUGGCUACAUCACUCAGGAUGAGCUUCAAAAAGCUUGUCAAGAGUUCGGCAUCGACGAUAUCCACUUGGAUGAAAUAAUGCGCGAAGUGGAUCAGGACAAUGAUGGACGGAUAGAUUACAAAGAAUUUGAGGCCAUGAUGCACAUAGGGAAUCCUGAAUUCAGUAAAGGUCUAACCAUUGGAUUAAGGUAA